AUGCCCGGGUUUGCGGACUCGUUCUGGACCCCCGACUAUGCUAGCGGGCUAGGGGUGCUGUAUGGGAAGUUGCAGCAGGGAGUGGUGGAGAACAGGCAGAUCCUGACCAUUGCUUCUAUGCGUGCAGAGGCAGAGGAACAAUAUGGACUCCGCAUGGGAGACAUCGCCCCGAGCGUGGAUCGGAUGACAGCGCUGGGAUUCAGCAAGGAUGAUGGUGCAAGUGUCCGAAAGGCAUACGAAGGUAUUCGCACCGAGAUGGUUGAGGCAUCUAGAAACCACCAAAAGAUUUCCAGCAACAUUCGCGAAUUAGUUGUUACACCAUUCCGGCGCUGGGGCGAUCAGCAUGAGAUGCGUGUGCAGUAUUCUCAUGAUCUCCUCCAGACUCGCAUUAAGGAACAUACCAAGCAGGCGGAAUUGGUCCGAAAGUUGCGCAGCACUUAUUUCAACAAGUGUCGUGUUGUGGAGGACUUGGAAGAGGAGAACAAACUUGCUUUCCAGGACCCCGAGACGAGCCCGAAGGUCAAGCCUCCACCGAAGAUCGUCCUUCCCACCGAGGAGGAGCCUGAUGAGGAUCCCAUCGAAUUAGGCGAGAGGGUCUUCCCCCCGGAUCAUAUCAAGAAGCUUCUUUCCCAUAUGCUGGAUCAUAUCAAGCUCGGCGAGGCGAAGGUUCCUAUUAUCGGUACCUACUUGAACGUCUCUACUGGUGCGGAUAUCGCACAAUACAUCCAGACCUAUAUGGAAGCCGACAACCUUACUGAAGUGGAGAGGAUUGGACAAGACAUGGUCGACAAUGGAUUACUCCGUUUGGUUGGAAACAUGGGCAAUGUUUUUGCCAACAGUUCCAAGAUGAACUACCAAUGGCGUCCUAAAGUUUUCCAGAUCACCGGUAUCCCUGAAAAAAAGAAGCCUCUCAUGCGUGUCACCUCGGUGGCUUCAAGUGAGGAUGGCAGUGGCAGUGAAUCUCCCAUGUCUUCCGUCUCUGAAAUGCUAUCUGGCUGGAACCCUCUCAACAACCCCUACCCCAACGAAACACCCUCUGAGAAGCUUCGGAGAGAAGCAUUGGAGGCCGAUGAACGGUACAAAGUUGCUGUGCGCAAGCUUGACCAGAUUCGCUGUCGUUUGGAGGAGGAAGUCAUCACUCAGCUCAAAUACAUGGAGCAGUGUGAGCUGGACCGUCUCAAGGCUAUCAAGGCUGUUGUUCUUGACUUCUCUGGCGCGAUCAGCAAUGUCAUUCCCAACCUGCAGAGCACUGUGGAUCACAUGAUGUUGUACCAGGAAACAAUCCAGCCUCUUGGUGACCUGAGAUAUUUGCUUGAGAAUUACCGCACUGGUGGAUUUGUGCCCAAGAUUCAAGCAUACGAAAACUACUACGGCUCCGUCGAAGAACAAAACUUCGGUGUCGACCUCGAGGCUAGAGCUCGUGUUGACCGAAAGCGUGUUCCAAUCCUGGUCACCACCAUCUUGACCUAUCUUGAUAACCGCUAUCCAGAACUCGAAGGCGAUGAGACGCGGCAGAUGAUCUGGCUCACUGAUGUGGACCUCGCCCGGACGCACAAGCUCCGUUACAUUUUGAACAACAGCAAAGCGGACUACAAUGAAAUCUUGCCGCAGUACGAAAUUCCCGUCAUUGCAAGCGUUCUCAGGUUGUACCUACUUGAGUUGCCAGACUCUCUGGUCUCCUCACAGGUAUACGAAAUUGUCAAAACCAUUUACUCUACUACUGCCCACGAAACCACGGAAGAAGGACGCAUCAAGGUUCUGCAGAGCACCCUUGGACAGCUUCGCCUCGUGAAUAUUGCUACGCUUGAUGCCAUUAUGACUCACUUCACACGCCUGAUUGAUUUGACCUCUGCCGACGAAGAAUACAUUACUGCGUUGGCUCAGGCUUUCUCCCCUUGCAUUCUUCGCCCUAGAUUUGAGAGCAGUUUGACGAUGAAUGAACGCCACAGCUACCGACUGAUCCGCGACCUCUUUGCCCACAAGGAUGCCAUCUUUGGUGAGCUCAAACGCCAAUCGAGUGCGCUCGGCGUGAACAGCGCCGGCCACCAAUCUCGUGCACGAUCUAUCAGCACUGAUGAAAGCAACCGACGCGCGGCCAUGGAAGCUCGUCAGCGAGCCAUCGUCAACCGUAGCCGUGCCACUAGCCCUGCUGCCCGCCAAAGGCACAGACGUGACCGCUCCAGCGGCGCCUCUGAAAUGGGCCGCUUCCCCAUCAACGUCAACAGCCCCUCUUCCAUCGCAGACCGCAGAGCCGUCCGCGGUCCUAGCUUGGACGUGCCAACCAACGAAUCUCCCUCCAACGCGGCUGAGACUUCUGCGGUGAUCACUUCGGCUUCUGAAUCGACCACCAACGGCGCCUCUGUGGAGUCUCCUGUCUCUACCCCUGCCAGUAUCAGCGGUUGCUCGGGCUCACCCAGCCCCCCACCUGUCCCCGCUCAACACGAGACUGAGACUGCUUCCGACGGCUCUCCGACUCCCACGCCAACCCCAGCUGUUGGAUCUGCCGAAUUCGAAAAGCGGAAUUCAGUAUCUCGCUCUUCGGCUCGGUACAGUGGUCGUAAGCCAGGCCUUGGUAGCCUGUCAAACUUCUCCACCCACACUGCUUCCGGGGCUGCCGGCACAGAUAGCAACCGGAGCAGCAUCGCGGAGAGCGAGCCUAACAGAGUCACUCUGGAAGACAAGCCCAUGGACGACUAA